GACGAACGUCGUCGCGACGUUUGUUCGCAUGGACUGGCAAGCGAAUUUGGACGCAAUCAUCAAGUGCACCGAUGAGAAUCUGCGGCAUCAAUUCGAGACGUACAAGUUUCCGUCGCCUACGCCAUUUCUGCGACCACCCAACCAGUACAAUUCCGUGUCAUUCCACCCAGCGUCUCCUACAAUGCAAUAUCAGCCACCUCCACCUACACCGCUGCAGCCCCCAGCGUCCCAGUCGAAGCCUUCUUUUGUGCCGCCGCCACCUCCACAAGACAACAAUGCUUCACCCUCUGACUAUGCUUCCUCGUUUCACCAUCAACAAACGUACAACUUGGCGCACAUGAUGGAGCAAGUUCGCUACAGCAUCAAGCUCGAAGUCGACGCACGCGCGGCCGUCGCUGAGCGACAGCUCAGCGCCAUCAUGGCCCUGACCAAGUCAAACUCGGAUGAACUAGAUCGCCUGCGUCUGGAAGCCAACACGACGGACCGCGAAGUGCGUGGCCUCGACCAAACGCAACAGAAGCUUCGGCAAGACAUGACGACCCAAAAGGACAUUAUGUACCACGUGCAGUCGAUGGCAGGGAAAGACGAGUCGUGGCGCUUGCAGGCGGACAAUCAGCUGCUCGAGUUGCGCCAGAUGAUUGCCGCGCUGCGCGAACAGCUCAACUCGUUGCAGGUGACCAUGCAGGAGAAGCUGAGUCGUCCUGAGUUACUCGUGCAUUUCAACGCGUGCGUCGAGCCACUCAAAGCUCAACUGAACGCUGGCAUUCAGCACCAAGCCCAAGUCAUUGGCGAACUGUCGCGAAACGGUGCCACGCACAACUACGUUGUGGAGAGCAUGGAAAAGCGCAUCAGGGAUAUGGACACCCAGAUGCAAACGAUGAAACACGAUGUGGAAGCCAUCGGGAAGCGCCACUUCCCAGACCUGCCACAAGCCCGAUGUGAUCUGCAGCCCCCUCCGCCGGAGGGUGUGUCGGUGGUUCAGGUGCAUGCAAUUGUCGAGGAGUUAUGCCGUGACAAGAUUGACGUCUUGGACACAAAGUGGACGGCUGCGUACGAGUCGCAUCGCUGUAAAGUUCAAAGCGCGUUGGACGAAGUGGAAGUGCGGUGGGAGCAAUUACGCCACGAUCUCGCGUCCAAAGCAACGACGGACCUUGCACAAGAGAUUUCCAAGCUCGACUGCCGUGUGCACGAAGGACACGACGCAACGAAAGCUCUGAUUGCCCAAGCGGCGCUGUCCUCAACGCAGACUAUCCGGGACGAAGUGGACAAGGAAAAAUGCGACCGAAAGCGGCAGAUCGAGACCUUGACGGACCAACUGAUGCAGCUCAAGUACGCGACGCAAGAGAGCAUGCACAAGGGGCUGCACGACGUGCGGAGCGAAAUCAAAGCAAUCAUGGCAGCGCACGACAAAGACGUUCAAGGGGUUUGUUUGUCCAUUGUUACCAAGGACGUACCGUCCAUCGUCCGCAAGGAAUGCGCUGACUGGCAGGAAAAAGUCGCGGUUGUCCAGAAUGACAUGGCCAAAAUCCGACACGAUCUGAUGCAAGUGCGCCUGGACGUGGACAAAUGUGCGAGUGCCACCGCGACGUGCCAAAGCGACCUUGUUUCGUCUCGAAAAGACAUGAUGGAGCACCAACUUGCUCUCGGCAGUAUGGCUACCGACGUCGCAUCGUUCAAGAGCGUCACGGACAACGCUAUGCGAGACGUUCGAGGACAACUCGAGUCGACGAAAGGCCAGUUCGACGUGGUACACAAGGAUCGUGUCGAAACGGAACGAACACUCCAGAGACGGCUCGAGCAAGACAUCACAACUGGCGUACGAAAAAGCGUCGAGGCAUUGGAACAAGAACUUCGCCGGCUGAAUACUCGACUGGAUGAUGCAAUGAAAGCCGAACACACUGCACCUGUCGGUGCAGCGCCCCUCAUGCCACCGCCACCAGGGUGUGGAUUUUGGCCCCCCCACAUGUUCAUGAUGGCGCCCCCUCACCCCAAUUCCAUUGCUGACGGCUCCAAGGUUGGUGGUGGACCCAUGGGGCAUGGCUACUAUCAGCCAUAUCAAUCGUUGUUUCACUUACACCCGUCUGGACAAUUUGGAACGAACGACCAAAAUCAAAGCCCGGUGCUGACUCACGCUGCUGCUCCAGCUCGAGUAUCAGUGCCCCAAGCUCCACCGAUAUCGACUUCUGCCGCGAAACAAUCCAGCGACCCGACUGCGAGCCCAGCCACGGACUCGAUCGCCCAACUGUCGCCACUGCCAGGACAUGUUACUCCUCCCCAAAUAGCUCCGUCGACAACCCCAUCGACCAUUUCGUCCAAGAUUUCUACGCCACCCGAGCCUGCCCAACACGCUCCAGCACCGACUCCAUCAGCCAAAAAUUCUCCUUCCGUCUCCGUCAAAACUAUCCCUGAAAGCGAGUGUGCCCCGGCGCCGUUCCAGACAGAAAAGCCGACUACAACGUCAGCGCCACCCAUUGUUGUGGGGAUUGCAGCGACAUCUUGUCCAGUGGCUUCGCCGGCGCUACCUAUGCAGUCCCCCGCGCCAAUUCAUGCCUCAGUUAUAACAGGCGCCUCCGUUACUUCUCCAGCGGCGGCACGAACAGCAUUAGUGCAGUUCAGCCAACCACGGAUGGACUCGCCACCUUCGGUACCUCCACUUUCCCAUACUCAAGAAAUACCAACGGAGCAUCCAUCCGCCACAGCGAGCGUGUCACCCGAGCCUGUGCCGAAAUCCAUCCCAACUCAGCAAAUCGAGAAAGAGCCCGCAGCUGGGACAUCACCUCCUCAAGGCAUUUCCAGCUCGAACACAAACAAUCCACCUUCAUCCAUUCCGUCGAGUCCCCCUGUGACUCAACAGCCCCUAGUUCCAGAAAAGCCGACGUCAUCACUAAACAAACCUCCUCCUCCAACAAGCCCACCCCCUCUGCAGGCUUCUUCGGCCACAAGUGCCAACGUAGCUCCUCCUCGAGUUACGAGUACUUCAGUGCAGCCGCCUUUACAAAUCCCCCCACCGUCGCCAAACCCAGUGCAACCUCCUAUCGCAGCAACUUCACAACCAACAUCGUCCCCGUCGUCUGCGCUGCAUCGGCAAGCGUCAUCGCCAUCCCUAUCAACGCCACCUCAUAACGCAAAAGACUCGACCAAAGCUCCUACCAUUCUCGACGAUCCUUCGAUGAAAGGCGCGUUGGCGGAAGCAGAGCUUGCCAAGGCCCGCGUCGAGAGUCGCCUUCGAAUCGAGCGCGAGCGCCGUCAUACGUUGGGCGGAAUGUCGUCGCCCACUGCAGCCGCAGAUGCCAGCGCCAGGUCGAUGGUCAACGCCUUGAGUGGCGUGGAACGGUGUUCGCAGUGCAACCAAGAGAUUUCUAAAGUGUUGAAACAUGAACACGAUCAACAGCAGUGUCCGAUGCGCAUGCAGACGUGCCCUACCUGCCAGCAAUCUUUGCGUGCCAAGGACAUUCCAGGUCACUUGUGUGACAAGCCACUGGCCAAGUGCAGACACUGCCUCGCCGACGUUGUCGAUGUGGCCGACCAUGAAACCAAAUGCGAACACGCGUUGAAGCAAUGCCCCCAUUGCCUGCGUCGUCAAAAGAUGGCUGACUUGCAAGAUCACAUAAACAACUGCGACUGUCGCCUUGUUCAGUGUCCAAAUGCAUGUGGGGGGAAAUUUCUCCAGCGUGGCCUUGAAAAACAUGUUCUAACCAAGUGCCCCAAGCGGCCUCAGCCCACGACGACGUCACCGAAGGCCGCACCGCCACCACCGUCGUCGCACAACAACUCUCUCAAACCAAAGGAAGAGCCCAAACCUUUGGUACAAGCCAAGGUCGAAUGCAAGUACUGUGACGAGGAGUACACAGCCGAUGGAAUCGACGCCCACGAGCAAAGCUGCGAUUGGAAGCCGAAGCGAUGCCAAUUUUGCAACAUGGUCAUCAUUUCGAGGGACCUGGCUCGACACGAAAGCAAUUGCAAACAGAGCAACCGGCAGUGCGCGCAUUGCCACCAAUCGUUUACAAGUCCUGCGUAUGCGUCCCACGUCCCCAAGUGCUUGAAGCGCCCGAUCAAGUGUAUUCGAUGCGGCGAUCUUUUUGCAGCUGACAUCAUUGUGGCUCACUCGACGUCGUGCAAGCCGGGCGAGGCCAAGAGCACCAUCCCACCUCCCCCAUCGACGCCGCCUCCCAUUCAAAUCCCCCAGCAAGGUUCCCCGUCGAAGCGACGAUCCGAAAGUGAUUUGCGGAAACUCGUGACGAAGCCCGACCAUGAAGGGGGCCCCAGCGACCGAUCGUCUCGACGAAACUUCGCCCUUUCACAGCUCACUGCCCCACACGAACAGAGCGUCACUGGUCGCGCCACCAUCGGCCGCAAUGGCCACCGCGACGUGGACGCAGAAGAAGAAGAGGAAGACGGCGAACACGACUUGGAUGAUGUGACGCUGGCCCAAGUCGUGGCCGAAUGGAAUGUGGAGCACGUGUGUUUAUGGCUGCGAGAGGACGUUGUCGUCCCUGACGUCGUGGAUCGAUUCGAAGCUCUCCAAAUCGAUGGACAAAUGUUGCUGGAGCUCGACGAACAAGCCCUCGUGAAUGAUCUUGGAAUCAAAGCGAAAGCGAGUCGGGAUCGAAUCCUAGCGGCGAUUGAUGCCAUCAAAACAAGCGAAGACGAUGAAGACGAAGAGGACGAAAGCGACGAAGUAGUUGCUCCUCCAUCCAGUACCACCCGCCAUGGAAGCGCUCUGGCCCGACGACUGUCCACGGGAUCGAGCCCCCAAACACAGGCAAACUUGUUGAGUCGAAUCAACUCGGCAUUGUAUCCCGCCCCCACAUGUCGGAAAUAGCAUUCGCUGGUGAUAAGUUUUGAAUGGCAUGUGGAUGUUUUUCUUGCCAAA